CUGUAUCUGGACCAGGCCGAGCUGGCAGCUAUCAACCUGGACAAGUAUGAGGUGUGCAUCCGGCCCUUCUUCAACUCCUGUGACGGCUACAAGGAUGGGAGGGUAUCCACCGCAGAGUGGUGCUUCUGCUUCUGGAGGGAAAAACCCGCUUGUCUGGCUGAACUAGAGAGGAUCCAGGUUCAACAAGUGGCCAAGAAGAAGCCUGGCAUGUACAUCCCCAGCUGCGAUGAGGACGGCUACUACAGGCAGCUGCAGUGUGACCAGAGCAUGGGAGAGUGUUGGUGUGUUGACCAGCACGGAGGAGAAAUUAUGGGCUCUAGAAUCCAUGGCAACCCUGACUGUGAUGAACUGCUGGGAUAUUCCGGAGAUUUUGGGAGUGGCGUGGGAUGGGAGGAUGAGGAAGAGAAGGAGGAGAACGGAGAAGAGGCGGAGGAGGAGGAGGAAGAGGAAGAGGGGGAGGCAGACGACGGAGGAUACAUCUGGUAGAAACUGAACCCAAACGGAGAACCUGGUCAGGAUGGAUCCACUGGCCCACAACUACAGGGAUGAUGGCUGAGGCUUGCGUCCCAAAUGGCACCCUAUUCCCUAUGUAGUGCACUACUUUUGACCAGGUCUCAUAGGGACACCCAUAGGGCUCUGGUCAAAAGUAGUGCACUAUAUAGGGAAUAGGGUGUCAUUUGGGAUGCAAGCAUCUUUGUCUCCUAACAGCAAAAGAUUUGGGGAUUUCGGGGCAUGGAAUUCUGUCUCUAUUGUCGCCGUGUGGAUCUGGGGAGUGGGAGGUGUGGGGGGGGGGGGGGGGGUACAGGGGUGAGAUUGCUAGUUUUUGUCUUAAAUAUGUGAAUUAUUGCUUCAUUGUUUUCUGUUCUGUAAAGCAAGAGAGCGUUCUGUUUCGCUCUCUAGCGACACCAUAGAGAACUAUCGUCUGAUAAUCUGGCCAUCAAAUGUUACUGUCAGAAAUGCAUCUAGUAUCAUACAUUUAUGUUCCAUUGUGACCAAUUGCUUGAAUAUUGAAAUCGCAGAUCUGCUAAAAUGGAACGGAUUGAGACCUGAGACAGUGGAAAAGGGUUCAAUAUUUACCUGGUUAUGUUGUCAAAAUCAAGAGUUCCUGCGUAUAUAAAUCCUGUAGCUAUGAUCUAUGAAGCAGGACAACGAGACUAGACUACUAUGGUUAUAUCCCAAAUGGAACACUGUUCCCUUUAUAGUGUACAGCUUUUUAUCAGGGCCCAUAAAGCUCUGGUCUAAAGUCUUGCACUAUACAGGGAUUAGGGAGCCACUUGGGAUGCAUGCCUCUCUUUAGAGGGUGAUUCCACUACUGAGAGAAAUUAUUAUUUUUCUCUGAAACGUUUCUUAACGAAGCAUAUUUCUCGGUUCGAUUUUGACGCGGAUGUCAUCAAAGUAAUGUUGCUCAUUGGAUCAUUUGUGAAAAUGACCGUGUUUCAUGCAUUAUGUGGGUAAAUACAGGACUGAGAAACAGGCUUGUUAUUCAAGGAAGGCUUUUGUGCUACUUUAUUGCUAAAAGGUAUAACUGAUGUACACGGCUCUCGGCGGUCUAUAAACCUUUAAAAUACUAUAUAUAUAUAUAUCGAUUAACAUAGACACAAUAACUACUAAUAUCUCUUAUGAAACUGCUAUGGGAACCUUGUUACUUAUUGUGUUAUUUCAACUCAAAACUUGUAGAAUGUAUAUUACUUGUCCCAUCAACCUACAUCACCAAGGGUAACAUCCCAAAUGGCCCCCUAUGCCCUAUAUAGUGCACUACUUUCUCAUACAGACUCUCUGGUCCAAAGUAGUGUACUAUAUAGGGAAUAGUAUUCCAUUUGGGAUGCAGACCACCAAGGGUAACAUCCCAAAUGGCCCCCUAUGCCCUAUAUAGUGCACUACUUUCUAUCCAGGGCUCAUACAGACUCUCUGGUCCAAAGUAGUGUACUAUAUAGGGAAGGGUAUUCCAUUUGGGAUGCAGACACUACCUUAUCCUAUGGGAACUCUGUAAAUCACUUCAAAGAAUGUGUCCGUCGAUGUUCUAUUCUCAGUCUUUAUUUUGGUGUUUAUAAAACAACGUGUAUGCUACUUGAAGUUCUGUGUGUAUACUUGAAAUCUCACCGUUAGAUUGUUUUCUACGAGUAUAUUGUUGCCAUUAUUAUUCCAUCAGUUGUUUUUAGUAUAUUGCACGUCACAGUGAACAUGAAUGUACUUCUCCUAGGCUGAGCCCUUUACUAUUAAAGCAUUGGGCCCCCAAAAAAACCUCUUGCAUUUUCAGUACUACUUUACAAAUAGCAUCUCUCCUGCAAUUUUUGUAAGAUUUGGGUGGUAAAAUCUCUGAAUCCUUUCUGACGCGACUUCUGUUGAAUUGUUAGAAAUAUAGUGAUGUGUACUUGUAUGUGAUCCACAAAAUGACUGACAAUGGAGAUUUUAAAAACAAACCCAACGUACAUGGAUAAUUAUAGGAUUCUUUAUUUCCGAGUCCCUGUCACCUAAAAUGGACGUUUAUGUCAGAGCUGAACGUGGAGACAGGUUUUCAUUUCAUUGGUCCUAAACUGCCUCCCGACGUCAGGAAAUGAAACUGCACUCUCAACAGUAUCGACCCUAGCUCAGCGGUCCCGACCCUAGCUCAGCGGUCCCGACCCUAGCUCAGCGGUCCCGACCCUAGCUCAGCGGUCCCGACCCUAGCUCAGCGGUCCCGACCCUAGCUCAGCGGUCCCGACCCUAGCUCAGCGGUCCCGACCAUAGCUCAGUGGUCCCGACCCUAGCUCAAUGGUCCCGACCAUAGCUCAGUGGUCCCGACCCUAGCUCAAUACUCUCGACCCUAGCUCAGUGGUCCCGACCAUAGCUCAGUGGUCCCAGCCAUAGGUCAUAAUCUCGACCCUAGCUCAGUGGUCCCGACCCUAGCUCAGUGGUCCCGGCCAUAGGUCAUAAUCUCGACCCUAGCUCAGUGGUCCCGGCCAUAGGUCAUAAUCUCGACCCUAGCUCAGUGGUCCCGGCCAUAGGUCAUAAUCUCGACCCUAGCUCAGUGGUCCCGGCCAUAGGUCAUAAUCUCGACCCUAGCUCAGUGGUCCCGGCCAUAGGUCAUAAUCUCGACCCUAGCUCAGUGGUCCCGGCCAUAGGUCAUAAUCUCGACCAUAGCUCAGUGGUCCCGACCCUAGCUCAGUGGUCUCGACCAUACGGCAGAUGCUGAGCCACUGUUGUCCUUGUGGCACGACAGGCAGAAGAGAACACCACUCUGGAAGCAGAUCAAUAAUGUACGCCUACAGGCUCAAAGUGCCAUUUGCCACCUUUGUCUGCAUCCCAAAUGGCCACCCUAUUGCCUUUAUGGUCCACUACUUUUGACCAGGGUCAAUAGGGUUCACUUUAUAAAGAAUAGGGUGCCAUUUGGGACUCAUACUCUGAUAUAAACAUAAAGGAGACCGAGCUACAUCACCAACAAUACUCUGAUAUAAAACCUAAAGGAGACCGAGCUACAUCACCAACAAUACUCUGAUAUAAAACCUAAAGGAGACUGAGCUACAUCACCAACAAUACUCUGAUAUAAAACCUAAAGGAGACUGAGCUACAUCACCAACAAUACUCUGAUAUAAAACCUAAAGGAGACCGAGCUACAUCACCAACAAUACUCUGAUAUAAAACCUAAAGGAGACUGAGCUACAUCAACAAUACUCUGAUAUAAACAUAAAGGAGACCGAGCUACAUCACCAACAAUACUCUGAUAUAAAACCUAAAGGAGACUGAGCUACAUCACCAACAAUACUCUGAUAUAAAACCUAAAGGAGACUGAGCUACAUCACCAACAAUACUCUGAUAUAAAACCUAAAGGAGACUGAGCUACAUCACCAACAAUAAUCAAACCUAAAGGAGAGGGUAGAGAUAUGCUAUGAUGCACUCUUUGGAAGUUGCAUGAUAACAGCCCUGUACCGAAGAUUAUAUUUAGAGUUAAUGGUGCAGUUAUACAGUAUUUGCAAAUACUGCUCAUCUCAAACCUACUUUAUUAUCACAUGUAGAUUAGAAGUGUGGAUGUGUAGCAUUUGCAAUUUAAUCUACAGCCUUACAACAAAACAUGACAAGUGAGGAGUACAUUCCCCUAGAUUAGAAGUGUGGAUGUGUAGCAUUUGCAAUUUAAUCUACAGCCUUACAACAAAACAUGACAAGUGAGGAGUACAUUCCCCUAGAUUAGAAGUGUGGAUGUGUAGCAUUUGCAAUUUAAUCUACAGCCUUACAACAAAACAUGACAAGUGAGGAGUACAUUCCCCUAGAUUAGAAGUGUGGAUGUGUAGCAAUUGCAAUUUAAUCUACAGCCUUACAACAAAACAUGACAAGUGAGGAAUGAUUGUUAAAAAUAUUUAUGGAAUUUCUCACAUUAAAAUGAUCUUGAGUUAUCAUAAGUACAUCCAGUAAUAAUGUCUAUGUGCCAAAUGGCAACCUAUACUUUAUAUAGUGCACUACAUUGGACCAGGGUCAAAUAGGGCUUUGGUCAACAGUAGUGCACUAUGUAGGUAAUAGGGUGUUAUUUGGGAUACAACCUGCGUGUUUUGUCAGCUCCGGGAUAAUGAAUUGUACAAAGAAAGAGACCAUCUCCAUUUUACAUUAUUUACAAUGAAUACAGAAAUGUUAAUGGUAGUCAAUAGUUAAAUACUGAUAUACAGCGUUGGGGGUCAGUUUCAUUUAAAUUCAGGUAGGAAACUGAAACUCCAAUUAAAUUGUUCCUCAUUAAAAAGAUUUGAGAGUAAAUGUGAAUAUCAGUUUUAGUUCCUCAAUUGAAAUGGAACUGAGCCCAAGGCUGGCUGAUAUAAAGGCUCCUCAAUUGAAAUGGAACUGAGCCCAAGGCUGGCUGAUAUAAAGGCUGUUAUUCCCAGAGAUUCAGAGCUACAGACGUACUCUCAUAUCAUUGUACUGAUAGUCAAGAAGUACCCGCAGCAUUUCAACCAUAGAUUUGUCUGAAUCACAAAGCCAAUACUUCACAUCAUGGACAUUAUAAAUCAUUUCAAUAAAUGACCUACACAGCAGACAGGAAAUGUGACAAGUAGGUUGAAUCAGACUGAUGAAACAUUCCCCAUCUAUUUAAACUAUAAGGCAGUAUUAGCCUACGUGGCUGGAAGUACCGGUUUCCAUUAAUUCAUUCUGAUAAUACAUAAUAAUCAACUAAAAUAUGUCAGUGAUGGCCAUUUCAGAUUCAAAUUAAAUUGACAUCAAGAUAAUAAAAAAUGUUGCAAAUGACAGAGGCUUAGAAUGACAAAGAAGAUUUACUAGUAGGCCUAGAAAUUAGAGGUCGACCGAUUAAUUAGGGACUAUUUCAAGUUUCAGAUU